AACGUUUUAAACUGCAAACUCAGAAAACAGCUAAUAUUGUAAGCAACGUCUUCAAAGUUUAAGAUUUUAAAUGUUUAUACAAAAUAAUUCCAAUUACGAAAAUAGUGGUGGAGGUGCUGGUGGUGUUGGUGGAGCGGCUGUUGCAGCUAGUGUUAGUGCGGGAGGUAUUAAUGAUGCUGCUGGCGGCGGCGGUGGUGGCAUUGGUGGAGGUGGAGGCCUUGAUAGUCUUGAGGUGGGUGUUAGCAAUGUCGAGGCACUCAGUGUGGGUGACAGCAGUCUCAGCACAAACGGUAGUGAGGGAGCGGGGAGUCAAGAAUUAAUAUUUCCCCUUAGAUCACCAGCACGCCACCAAAAUCCCCUAAACAGUUCAAAUACGCGUGAAAAUAAUAAUAAUGCAAAUACGAAAAGAUCAUUCAAUUUAAAUCUCAGCUUUAGCAACAAUAAUAAUCGCAAACUCUUAAGUGUGGCGGCUGUGGGUGGUGGUUUAGGGGUGGCCGGUGGCGCCAUUAGUGGUUGUGUUAGUACAGCCCAAUCGUUUUGGAGUUCGGUAGCUUCAAAUGUUUCGGCCUCAUCGUCCUCUUCUUCAUCGUCGUCGUCGUCUUCAUCGUCCAUAACAUCGGCUUCACCUUCGGCUUUAGCUUCAUCCUCGACCUUGUCAUCGGAUGUUAGUAGUGGUGUUGGUGGCGGUUUAGUUAGUGGUGCUGCUGCUGGUGGAGGAAGUGUUAGUGGUGGCUGUGGUCCGGGAGUUGUUCAACGGGUUUUUAUUAACACCAAACCGAAAAAUAAAACUGAAUUAAUUUUAGCUACGGGCCCCAGUACAAGUGCAAACAUCAUUACUUCUUCGUCUACGGGUAAUAAUAUUUUAAAUAUUGCCGAACGCAAUAAUAAAACACACGCUUACAAAAUGGAUGUGGAUUCAUCUGAUGAAAAUGGACCUCAAACAUUCCUCAAUACAAACGAUAAUGAUGAUGAACUUAUUAAACAACUGCCAAAGGAAAUACUAUUACGUAUAUUCUCAUAUUUGGAUGUGGUUUCAUUAUGCAGAUGUGCACAAGUCUCCAAAUAUUGGAAUAUCUUAGCUUUAGAUGGAUCCUGCUGGCAGAAAGUCAAUUUAUUUGAUUUUCAACGUGAUAUUGAGGGUCCUGUCAUAGAAAAUAUAUCCCAACGUUGUGGAGGAUUUUUAAAAUUUCUUUCCCUACGAGGUUGCAAAUCUGUGGGAGAUCAAUCAAUACGAACUUUAGCCAACCACUGCCACAACAUAGAACAGUUGGAUUUAUCUGAAUGUAAUAAAAUUACCGAUAUAUCGACCGAAUCGAUAAGUCGCCAUUGUUCAAAAUUAGCCUCCAUUAAUUUAGAAUCAUGUUCUAAUAUAACCGAUAAUAGUUUAAAAUAUAUUUCGGAUGGUUGUCCGAAUCUAUUAGAAAUCAAUAUAUCAUGGUGUCAUUUAAUAACCGAAAAUGGUGUUGAAGCUUUAGCACGUGGUUGUGUUUAUUUGCGAAAAUUCUGCAGUAAAGGUUGUAAGCAGGUGAACGAUAAUGCCAUCUCGUGUUUGGCUAAAUAUUGUCCAAAUUUAAUGGUGCUCAAUUUACACAGCUGUGAGUCUAUAACCGAUUCAUCGAUUAGACAAAUCGCAAGUAAUUGUCACAAUUUACAAAAACUCUGUGUAUCCAAAUGUGCCGAACUGACCGAUCUCUCAUUGAUGGCACUCUCGCAAAAUAAUCCCUAUUUAAAUACAUUAGAAGUAUCCGGUUGUCGUAAUUUUACCGAUUUGGGUUUUCAGGCUUUGGGUAAAAAUUGUAAAUAUCUGGAACGCAUGGACUUGGAAGAGUGCAAUCAAAUAACUGAUUUAACUUUAGCCCACUUGGCCACUGGUUGUCCAAGUUUAGAAAAAUUGUUUUUAUCGCACUGUGAACUGAUAACGGAUGAUGGUAUACGCCAACUAGCCGCUGGUAGUUGUGCCGCCGAAAGUUUAUCCGUCCUCGAAUUGGAUAAUUGUCCUUUAAUCACUGAUCGUACAUUAGAGCAUUUAGUAUCUUGUCAUAAUUUACAAAGAAUUGAGCUAUUUGACUGCCAAUUGAUAACAAGAGCAGCAAUACGCAAACUAAAGCAACAUUUACCAAAUAUAAAAGUUCAUGCGUACUUUGCCCCAGUUACACCGCCUCCAGUUACAACUGGACAACGACCACGUUACUGUCGAUGUUGUGAGAUUUUGUGAGAUUCGGCCAUUGGCUUUGCCC